AGCCCUCGGCCCUCGGCGUCGGUCUCUUUCAGCCAGGCCUCAGCCAGGAGGUGAGUGCGCUUGCAGCGAGCUUCAAGAAAUCCGUUCGCCACCCGGUCCAACCUCGCCAUCGGCCCGCAGAUAUCUCGCCCGGUUGUUCAACGUCUUUGACCAACCUCCACCAUGGGUAAGGAGAAGGUUCACAUUAACAUCGUCGUCAUCGGCCAUGUCGACUCCGGCAAGUCCACCACCACCGGGCACUUGAUCUACAAGUGCGGUGGUAUCGACAAGCGUACCAUCGAGAAGUUCGAGAAGGAGGCUCAGGAGAUGGGCAAGGGCUCCUUCAAGUACGCCUGGGUGCUGGACAAGCUCAAGGCCGAGCGUGAACGUGGUAUCACCAUCGACAUUGCUCUGUGGAAGUUCGAGACCGCCAAGUAUUACGUCACCAUCAUUGAUGCCCCUGGGCACAGGGAUUUCAUCAAGAACAUGAUCACCGGUACAUCCCAGGCCGACUGCGCCGUGCUCAUUGUGGCUGCCGGUACCGGAGAAUUCGAGGCGGGCAUCUCGAAGAACGGACAGACGCGUGAGCACGCCCUGCUCGCCUUCACCUUGGGUGUGAAGCAGCUCAUUGUGGGUGUCAACAAAAUGGACUCAACUGAGCCACCCUUCAGUGAGCCUCGCUUUGAGGAAAUUAAGAAGGAAGUGUCAUCAUACAUUAAGAAGAUUGGUUACAACCCUGCUGCUGUUGCCUUUGUACCCAUUUCUGGCUGGCACGGAGACAACAUGCUGGAGCCAUCCGAGAAGAUGCCCUGGUUCAAGGGGUGGGCUGUUGAGCGCAAGGAAGGCAAAGCUGAGGGAAAAUGUCUGAUUGAGGCUUUAGAUGCUAUCCUGCCUCCUAGCCGACCCACUGACAAGCCCCUUCGACUGCCCCUUCAGGAUGUGUACAAGAUUGGUGGCAUUGGUACUGUGCCCGUUGGACGAGUGGAAACUGGUGUUUUGAAACCAGGCACAGUUGUCACUUUUGCUCCAGCCAACAUCACCACUGAAGUCAAAUCAGUUGAGAUGCAUCACGAGGCUCUCACUGAGGCUGUUCCCGGUGACAAUGUGGGAUUCAACAUCAAGAACGUGUCAGUCAAGGAGCUUCGUCGUGGCUAUGUUGCGGGCGACUCCAAAAAUGCCCCACCAAGAGGAGCCGCUGACUUCACUGCCCAGGUCAUUGUCCUGAACCAUCCUGGGCAGAUCUCCAACGGCUAUACCCCUGUGCUGGACUGCCACACUGCUCACAUUGCCUGUAAAUUUGCUGAGAUUAAGGAGAAGUGUGACCGCCGUACUGGCAAAACCACUGAGGAAAAUCCUAAGGCAAUCAAAUCUGGAGAUGCUGCUAUUAUUGUACUCAUCCCAUCCAAACCCAUGUGUGUUGAAUCCUUCCAAGAAUUCCCUCCACUUGGACGCUUUGCUGUACGAGACAUGCGGCAAACUGUUGCUGUCGGUGUGAUCAAGCAAGUGACAUUUAAGGAGGCUACUUCUGGUAAGGUCACAAAGGCUGCAGAGAAGGCACAGAAGAAGAAAUAACUAGGUGUGAUAGGCUACAAGGCCUGUGAAAUGGGUCCAGGGGGUGAGAGUGCUGCGCGGGUACAAAUUUGGACUUCUGAAAAGACUCUGAGAGUGGUGUCAGAGUACACAGCACAUAUUACACAGCAACACGGCUUGAGUUUCUGUCACCUGCGCAGCAUAGGUAAGGGGUUGUUACGGCAUUGUUUUCAUCGGAAAGAACUACGCCGGAAAAACUUCACAGUUCUUUAGCUCGGAUGUCUUGAAAUUGUUUCCAUCUUUAAAAAAGAUUAAUUUGUUCUUUAUGUCUCCUCUGUACGGGGAGUGGAAAGAUUGUGUUUCAACGUUUCUAGAUUGUGGUAGGGUAAAAAUGGUAAUUUGCACAUGAGAGAUAUGACUUUCUUAUCAUAAGAGGGAAAUAUUUCUUUUUUUGGAAUUACAAUCGUAUUGUAUUGCAAUGUAUUACAAAUGAUGUAUUGUAAUUCACAAAAUUCGUGGCAGAUGACUAAUUUACCAUUUAUCCUUGUUUUCAUACCACUUUUACCCAAGUAGUUCACAUUACAGUAGAGAUGUGCUGAAUAAUCUUUUUGUAAAAUAUUUAUUAUUUUAGUUUGUUUCAUAUAAUGAUAGUUUUUUAAUUAUGUUAAUGUUUCAAAUUGUGGUGAGUUGAUGAUUUGUAACAAAUCAUGUAGGUUGAGAUGCCGUGUUGCUCCAGUGCAAGGAAGUAGUUGGAACAUGCCAAGUGUCAUUAUAUUGAAUCAUACCCUCAUGAACCGCCACCUGGCACUUUUUUCUUUUUUUGUUACCAUACAAUUCCAUUAAACCAGAAUUGAUGAAAAAAAAAUGUUAUUGUUCUCUUUGUUGCCUUUGCUUCCUCUUAAAUUUUUUUUUUCUUUCUAAAACCGUUAUUUACACUGGCAUGUUGUUUCUCAGUAGAAUGUGGUGAAAAUGAUAAAUGAUGACGGCCCAUGACUACUUCUUCUUUUUCUUUCAAUUGUGACCAUUAGACAACAAUCUUUGUGUUUCUGUUUGGCUGAAUCAGAGUUAAUCGAACUUGCUUCACGAAUCUAUUUUGCCUAGCCUCAUGCACGAUGUAGAAAAAUACAAAGUGCAAAUUCAAAUUACUUGCGUUAGUGUGCGUGAUGAGGCGCGAAGCGUACUACAACGCUAAGCUCUGCUAACUUCCUGUCGGAAUAACGUUGACGAAAUUCAUUGAAGACAACUCAUAAGCUGCAUUGAUAUUCAUUCAAUUGAUUAAAACUAAAAUUAGAUUAAACUGUAUUCAAAAAGAAUCUAUACUCCAUUUAAAAAUAAUAUCAAUCUUUGAUAAAUGAUGUUGCGACCA